AUGUCAUACAAUCGCGAAAAAUUCCUAUGGACAGAUGCAUUGCGUUUGAUGCUUAUCAAAGAAGUGAAACGUCGUCCGACAAUUUGGUCAUCCAAUUCGAAUAAUUUCAAUAAUAUGAGUGAUAAAGUGGCUCAUCAAAUCACCAAAAAAUUGCAUGAAGUAUCCACUGGUAUCUGUGAAUUAACAGUGAAUCAUGUAAAAGACGAAUGGAAAGCUAUUAGUGAUGAGUGUGUUCGAGUUUUAAAUAGAAACGAUGAACUGGCACAAACGGAAUCGUCGAUUUGGCGUUUUGGUUAUGCGCUAAAAUUUAUGGUCUAUGCUGUAACGCAUGCGGAAGAAGGGAAUGCCCAUAUUCUGUUGUAUGUCGAUAAGUUGAAAAUUUUCUGUGUAGUCCGUGAGAGCGAUAUUAUAGGCGUACUUUGGCCUUUUUCCAAUGUCAGUGCUCAGCUGAAGGGAAAAGUUGAAAGAGCCAUGAUCAUCGGAGUAGGUCGACGUCAUGUUAUGAUUGAGAAAUGUAGACGCGUGUCGAUUUCCACAAAUUCAUUUAUGGUUCCAAACGAAAAGCUCACCGAAGCACAAAUGUUACCAAAUAAAAUUGCGGUUCAGUUGAGGCGUCACAGUGGUUCCCUUAUGAGAACGAAUGAUCAAAUAGUAUAUAAUGACAGCAGAGGGUAUCCCGAUAGAGAUGAUUCUGUAAAAAAUGCAUCCUCAUCAUUACGCAUGCCAAACGUUGGAGAAAACAAACCAUUCUCAGCACUGCAGUUGUUGCUUCAAAACCGAAAUUUGCCAAAACAACCGUUAUUCUGCGGUAUCCCCCCUUCAGCAUUAGCUCACGUUGAUUCUGAGGUAUACAAAAAGCGUGGAGAGUGCCUUCCACAGUCUCAUUUAUCCACCAGUUGUAGACGACCCAUUCCGCAACAUCGUGUCAGAGUUCCACUUGCCGAAAAACAUAUUGAUCCUGAUCCAACUUUUCCGAGCGAAUUUUCUGGAGCUUCAACUAGAGUCAUAAAACAGAUAGAAGAUUUGAAUUAUGGUUGGAGCUCUUUACUUCGAUGUAUCGGUAAUAUUCGUUGGGAAGCGAAUGGCUUAAAACGUGCGGUUGUUACUGUUAAAAAAAAUGUUGUAAAGGAUUUGGAAAUAAUUAUGCUGUGCUUUGCUGAAAUUAGUAAUACUGCGCUUGCUUUACAAUCUCGCGUUACUUCUUCGGUUCCAUCACGUGGUGCCGCAUAUGAAAAAGAGAUGAAGUCAGUGCUGGUCCAAACGGAUGUUUUUGGUAAAGAAGAUAGUUUCUUCUACGUCGGAAAAGUUUAUGCAGAUGAGAUUUACAGAUAUUGUCCGAGAGAGACUGUUCAUAACCUGGUGGCUACUUCUUCUCAUCCAACGACAUUCGUUCGACGUCUUGCGCGGUAUAUUUUUACACGUGAAGAGAUCAGCAUGUUAUUUUCCGAAGAUGUGACGAUGAGUCAAAUGGAGCGGAUUCGUUGGAUACAAAUUAUAACAUCUAUAUGUUACCCGCGCAAAAAAUUGUCAUCAAUGCAUAAAAGCUGCUUGCAAGCAUUAUCUGGAUUGGCUGAUUACGAAAAUCUAUUGUUGGAACUAGAAAAAGAAAACCACAAUCUUCAUAUUUCAAAGGAAAGCAGUGUUCCUACAAAGCGGUUGCAUAUGGAUGAUGCUUGUUCAGCAACAUAUGAGCAACAGAAUGAGAAAAAGAAGCCACAAGAUUAUCUGUUACCUCAAACUCUUUCUCGUAUAAGACGACAACAACAAAAUGCCGAAGGAUUUGCUGUUAAAGUUGCCAUCUUAUUGUACACAGGUGAUGAUGACAUCCAGAAGCCAUGUAAGCAAAAAAGAGACCAGGCAAAACUGAUCUGGCUGAAGGAAAAGGUGCAGGAACUUUAUCCAGCUGAUACAGUGAGAAAUGUAAAUUACCAGUGGAGUCGAUGUCUGGAUGCACUGGACAUUCAUGCAAAUAAACUGAAGAAUAUGCCUUUUGAUGAAUAUGAUUCGGGCGACGAAUUCGAACAUUAG